AUGACACGAGUGGAUGGAGGAGGCUGUGAUGGUGGACAGGUGAGCAUGGCAAACCCCGUGGGCGUUUGUUUGCGUGAUUUUUCGGAGAAGUGUGCGCGCGUGUGCGAAGCCUGUCUAGCUCAGCUGGUAGAGCGCAAGACUCUUAAUCUUGUGGUCGUGGGUUCGAGCCCCACGGUGGGCGACUACCAAUGA